CAGCAACACAACAUAUAUGGGUGUCUGGAGCAAGCGUUGCCCUGUGGUUUCCUAUCGUUCCGGACUCUGCAUAUGCCAAAGGCGCCAUAAAGGUGCCAUCUAUGAGCGGCUACCAACGUAGGAGCCAGCUUUUGAUGAAAAGCGGUGUAUAAAGAGCGGCUCCUGCGCCCCACAUCGACAGACCGCAGCCAGCAUUGCCAAGUAGCUCGAUUGUUCUUUUUGUGCCUUCAAACUGGCAAUAGCUCUACAGUUCCUUACAUAUAAUCUAAAAAAUGACUGGUGGGAAACGUACUCGCGUCGUUGGCGCUCCGGACGCCGAGAUCGAUCCAGCAGAGUCGAGCUCUGACGAGUCGAGCGCUGAAGAAUUACCCGGUGUCCAGUCGCCCAAGAAGAGAAUACAGUUAGAUGCCACAGAGUCUGGCAAAUCGUCAGGUGACAGGCCAAUACGCUGCUCUUUGCCUCCACACGACGAGAUGGAGUUUGAUUCGUAUGAGGCAUAUGAGACCCAUUUUGAACAGCAGCAUCGAUACCGAUGUUCAGAAUGCUGUAGAAACUUCCCCUCGGAUCAUUAUUUGCAGUUGCAUAUCGCAGAGAACCAUGAUCCGAUCACUGCAGUCAAAAGGGAACGGGGAGAGAAGACGUUUGCGUGCUUUGUCGAAGAUUGCGAGCGCAAAUGCUCUACUGCACAGAAACGCCGUAUGCAUAUGAUUGAUAAACAUGGCUUUCCCAAGGUGAGCCAGCUGAGUCUCUCAUACCAUUGUCGCCGUUCCUGCACCGUCGCAGUGUACGACGAACAAAUCAGAUCUUGGCACUUAAUUGGGGACCAGCUAUUGAUUACUUAUUAGCUCUAUGAUUUCUUCAUAGUCAACGAUGGCAUAGACAGGCGCACUUCAAUGCUGCGCCAACAUACUAAUCGCAAGCAUCGACCUCGAGCGCCCUUGACUGCGGAUGCGUCCGAGUUAGAUCCCGAAGCACAGCUCUCGUCAUUAACAAAGUCAAUGUCGGCCCUCAAGUUCGUGCCUCGAAAUGUUAAGUUUGGCCGUGGAGGCUCCAAGUCCUUUACUAGAUAACAGUACAUGCAAGAAUAACCACACCGUUUCCAUCUGAAUUGAACUCAAAACCGCGCAUACGUGAACAAAUGAGGUCAAGGAUGGAACAAAUCCAAUCCACUUGCUCUUCCAAGACCCUCUUCCCAGGAACAACGCGAGUUUGAGCUAUCACG